CAUCCUUAAGAAAUUACUUUCAACACACCCCACCUGUCUCUCUCGCCUCCCUCCUCUUUCUUUUUUCCCUGGUCUUUUCUAUAUCUUAUUAUAUAAUAAUUAAAAUCCGUGAAAAUUUUGGGAAGAAGACCUAGAUAAAUUGAGCUAGGGUUUUUCGAUUAGAUCUUUAAUUCGAUUAUCCUCCAAUUUAUUUCUCGUAACUAUUCUUUUUGCUUUUUUUUGUUUGUUUGUUUAUUGGUGAAAAAGCACUAUAGUUUCUGUAAUUGGGACCUCCCGAAUUGGUUGUCUGGGAGGGGAUUGAAAACCACCAUGGGCGGCGGAGAUGCUAGUGUUACGACGAACAACGACGGCAGCGGCAGUGGGGAGAAGCACGAGGAGAACGCCGGCAGCGGCGGUGGGGAUGCAGUGACGGUCAACGUCCGGUGCUCCAAUGGCACGAAAUUCUCGGUGCAGGUUAGCCUUGAGGCCACCGUCGCAACUUUCAAGUCGGUUGUAGCCCAGAACUGUGAAAUCCCAGUCGAACAGCAGAGGCUGAUCUAUAAAGGCAGGAUCUUGAAAGACGAUCAAACCUUACAAAGCUACGGUCUAGAAGCUGAUCAUACUGUUCACUUGGUUCGUGGGUUUGCGCCAGCUGCAACUCCAAAUGCUACAGCUGCUAAUAAUAACACGGCUCCGAAUGCUAGCCCUACUGCCACAGCAAAUACUGGUUCUACUGAAGGUGGACCAUUUGGUGGAUCUGGUCUUGGAGCUUCAUUGUUUCCUGGACUUGGACUUGGUUUGAAUGGAUUAGGAAAUGCUGGCGGUGGUGGAGGAUUGUUUGGAGCGGGACUUCCAGAGUUUGAACAAGUUCAGCAACAGUUAACUCAGAAUCCAAACAUGAUGAGAGAUAUUUUGAAUAUGCCACUUGUUCAGAAUCUAAUGAAUAACCCAGACAUAAUACGUAAUAUGAUCAUGAAUAACCCUCAGAUGCGUGAGAUCAUGGAUCGAAACCCCGAGCUUGCACAUGUAUUGAAUGAUCCCGCUACUCUCCGUCAAACCAUGGAAGCUGCACGGAACCCUGAGCUAAUGCGUGAGAUGAUGCGUAAUACAGACAGGGCAAUGAGCAAUAUUGAGUCUUCUCCUGAGGGGUUUAAUAUGCUGAGACGUAUGUAUGAAAAUGUCCAAGAGCCUUUUCUGAAUGCUACGACUAUGGCUGGAGAAAACAGAAAUGGGGUGGGUUCAAACCCGUUUGCAGCUCUUCUUGGCACACAGGGUGGAGCCCAAGGUAGGGAUUCAUCUACUAACGCUACUACCACCACUUCUGAGUCAAACCCAAAUGCCCCUGUGCCAAACACCAAUCCCCUUCCUAAUCCGUGGGCCUCCACAGGUGGUGGAGCUGGGCAAGCAAACACUGCUCCUAGACAAACUCCUACUGCUGAUGCCAGGCCGUCACCGCUUGGUGGUCUGAGUGGAUUGGGAUUGCCCGAUUUGGAUCGCAUGCUUGGCGGUAUGCCUGAUCCAAACUCUCUGAAUCAAAUGAUGCAAAAUCCAGCUGUAUCACAGAUGAUGCAAAGCCUCCUCUCUGAUCCUCAGUACAUGAACCAGAUUCUUGGACUUAAUCCACAGCUCCGAACUAUGCUUGAUAAUCCUCAGCUGAGAGAGAUGUUACAAAAUCCAGAAUUUUUGCAGGUAAGUUCUUAAACACCCCCUUCUCUCUCUCUCUCUCUCUCUCUCUCUCUCUCUGUCUGUCUGUCUGUCUGCUCAGUCAUGAUUGUUUGCAUAUGUUGUUUCAUUAUGUGUAACCUCUUACUUUGCUUUCAGCAACUUAUGACAUUUCAGCAGUCAAUUUUCUCUCAACUUGGUCGACAACAAGGAACCCAGUAAGUUUUUCGCUGCCACCUGAUGUUUUUCUGACCUGUCAUAUUAUAAACUUACUCGUGUCUACUUGUUUUGUAGUCUGAGUGGGUCAUAUAUUCUUUCUUCCUUGUGAUUGUCCCUUUUAUUUCUGUCGGACUGGUUUCACGAUAUGUGUCUUAUUCACCCUAUUACUUUUAUGAUACAAUAUUGAGUAGCUUGCCUUUUCUCCCUUCUUCAUGUUUGCUGAUGCAGUUGUUUUUUGUUGUGCAGACAACCUGGCCAGAAUGCUGGUGGAGGAGGUAUUUUUUGUUUUGGGCUUUUUCCCCCUUUCAGCAUCAAUUAUUGCUCAAACAUAAUCUGUUUUCACUUUAAUUGGACUUGAGAUUAUGACUGAUGAUGACUUCAUUGCUAAAAGACUAACUGAACGUUAUUCAAUUUGGAUGACUGUUACAACCUGAUUGCAAGUUUCUUAUUCUUAGGAUGGUACCUCAUUUAGUGGCAGGAUUAAAUCCCUUCCACUCUUAUCUCCUUUGCAAAUGACAUUCUUAAUGAGCAAGCACAUUUGUUAUGCAUGGCUUCAUAGUGAAUCCCAUAAAUGCAAAUUAUUGAAAACAGUGCUAUGUUUGGGUUUGGAAACAUAGUAUGUGAAACUAUUAUGUAAACUCUAGUGUUUCUCGUCUCACUUAUAUUCAUGAAAUGAUUUUUUGGUAGCAACGGGAACAGGUGAUGGCAUGGGAUUAGAUAUGUUGAUGAACCUUUUCGGUGGGCUUGGCACUGGAGGCUUGACAGCCUCAAAUCGAUCUAAUGGUUGCCAUUUUGCCGAAUCUCUUUGUUUUUUGUUUUUCUUUUUUGUUUCAUCUUUCUAUUCGGCUUACCACGUCAUUGAUGCUUUAAUUGCAGUACCACCGGAAGAACUCUAUGCCACACAGCUGACUCAGCUACAAGAAAUGGGGUUUUUUGAUACUCAAGAAAACAUCAGAGCACUAGUUGCUACUGCUGGUAAUGUUCAUGCUGCAGUGGAGCGACUCCUUGGAAAUUUGGGUCAGUAGAAGACGAUAAUGACUACUAUAUAUAAUCUGUACCAGAGACACGACCGGAACCAUUUCAGACCUGAGGGGUAUUUGUUUGGAAAUAAAUAAUUUAGUAUCUUAAUAUUUUGAUAUUCCUUCACCCCCUUUCUUGCCCCUUUUCUCUUUUUUGUUGUUGGGCCUGGUGGGAAAAAGAGGAACAGGAUCAGAGUGCCUUGUACAUACAAUAUCAUUGCAAUUCAGAAUUAUUUGUACAAUUAUCGGAUCGGAUGCGCUGCAUGUUGUUUGUCUGAGGCAUGGAUAAAAUGCCAGAAAUUUGAUUACCAGAAUAGGGUUUCCUCGAAAAUUUAUGUAGCUGAAACAGUUUGAUUGGAUGAGUAAAAUGUGUUGUGACUAGAGGCCAUUUGUCUUUGCCCCUCCCUCUCUUGAUUUGACUACACCCUCACUUAUUUCUCUCACCAGUGGCCGACUCAUUGGCCAAACAUCCUAUUCAACUUGAGAGAUUGCAGACUUUCUCUUUGUAGAUGCUUCGUUGAAAUAUGUAUUUAACAAAUAAAAUAGAAUGGGUUAUUUAUAUGAGACCGAGGAAAUAGAGUAAUGGCACCCAAGUUUUUGUUAUCCGUGUAAGUUUAGUAUUCAUUAGUAAUUCCCUGUCCUACAAAAAAUAAUCUAAUUUAUUAAAUAAUUUUGUUUUACAAAAAUAGUUCAGUUUUAACAAAUCAAAAUUAAAUUUAAUGAAAAUGACUGAAAUACCUUCAAGACUUCUACGGUUAAAUAAAAAACUGACUUUCAACAAUUAACCCGAUUUAAAAUCAUUAUACAGUCCUUCAUGUGCAGCUGCCGAUGCUACCGCCAGUAACAAUUAACCUAGUUUGGUGUUUCUGGGAAGCAGCCAGUGGACACGACGAAGAAUUUGAAUUUUGGUGCUAAACGGCAGAGAUUGGAUGUCUGUCCGGUAGCGGAGUGAUUCCGAGAUGCGAUAACAUUGUGGAGAAUCCCGAUGGCGGAGAUAAUCAAAAUGGAUCUAUCACAAAGGAGAAAGAACAUCAUCAUCGGCAGCAUCCGGUUAUCCUACAUGAAACUGGAGAUGGUGAACUUGACGAUGGUGAAGCCGGCGAUGUUUAAGACCUUGUCGAUGGUGAAGCCGGCGGCGGCGGAAUUGGAGCCAUUUCCUAAGUUCGGAAGGGCGUCAGUUUGUGGACGACGGCGAGAAAUAUGGAAAAUGCGGUUGUGAUUCACCCUUCAUAUUGUUCCGACAGAGAAUAUGAAACCGCGCCACCAUUGAGAUGCAUUAUUUCGCCGUUUACGACGGUCACGACUACUCACAUGUGUGUUUAUUUUUCAGAUUCAUGUCUUAUUUAUUCUCUACACCUUUUUGGAGGUAGGGUGUAGUGUGGUCGUUUAUGUAGUUGCUGAAUUGAGCGACGACAGGGAAGUUCUCCGGUAAAGAAGCAGAUUUUUUUUUUUUUUUUUGGUUAGGAAUUUGGACAAGUUUGAGAAAUGAUGGGUAGAAAUGGAAGUUUAGAG